UCUUAACAAUACAGAGCUUUGCUACUUUCCAACGGUUUUCGAAUCUACCACUUUACUCUUUAAUAUAUCAUACCAGGAAACUGAUUCGGGUCAUUUCUUUGAUAUAAUGACUACUACUGUUAAAUGGCUGCUCAACGUGCAAGUGUAACAGGUGGUCAGAGUCAUCACCCAAGUAAGGCAGAUUUAAAGAAAUGGUUCGAUAGAUAUGAUAUGACGCAUAAAAAGCGAGGUGUCGCUUACAUCUUCAACAACGAAACUUUCAAACACCCGAAACUUAAAACUCGUUAUGGCUCAUCAAAAGAUACAGAAGAUUUUAAAAAAGCAUUAAUUAAACUUGGAUUCCGUGAAGAUGAUAUCAAAGUUUAUACGGAUGCAACAGUCGAAGAAAUGCGCGACGCUUGGAAGCAGUUUGGAAAAAAUUCUCAUACUGAUAUUGAUUGCUUUAUUUGUGCAAUAUUGAGUCAUGGUGACUCGGACGACAUUAUCUGUGGAUACGACGGUACUGUCAAACUAGACGAAUUGUUUUCUUACCUGAGACCUGAUCGUUGCCCAUCUUUAAAAGGAAUACCUAAAUUAUUCUUUAUUCAAGCAUGUCGUGGAACUGCAUCUGAUUCUGGAGUCGAAAAAACUGAUGCUGAUUACAUAGACCAUGAAGAAAUGUCACUCACAAUUCCAGUUAUGGCAGAUAUGUUGGUUGUUUAUUCAUCAUGUAAUAAACAUGCCUCUUACAGAGAUGAAAAGGCUGGCACGUGGUUUAUGCAAGCCUUAAGUGAAAUGUUGAUGGAAUAUGGCACCAAAUAUGAAAUCAUGAAACUUUUAACUGCUGUCUCUAACCGUGUUGCCUCUUUAGACCUCCAAAGUUCGGCUAAUUCGGAAUGCAAAAGUUGUAAACAAAUGCCUCAGAUUAAUUCGACAUUGAUUAAAGAACUAAUGUUUGAACCAAAAAAAUAAAUGUACAUUUUUAUUUUAAUAUAGUGCGAGAUCUCUUAAUAGAAACAGUCCUUUUUCUUGUAAAAAUUUGUUUUGCAUGCAUGCACACGCACGCGCGUGUGCAUGCGAGGUAAACAAAUUUAAAAUCUCAUAUUUUCACAAAUACAAGCAUUUUCUACAUAUAAUACCUGAACCAAAGAUAUUAAAUAGAUAAAUGUAAUAUUUUAAACUAAUUAGUUUCUAUAAUUGUUAAUAUGAUCACAAACUUGAAUUAGCCUGUAACUUUUUAAGAUG